AUGGGAGCUCAGCCUACAACACAUGUUGCUAACGGUUCUCCAUAUCCAAUUUGGGCUAAGCUUCCUCCAUCACGUCCAUCCAUCACAUCCAAAUUUCGUCCUGACGGUACUCAAUUUCGUACCAUAACACCAUUAGAAGCCAUUUAUUUUCAUAAACGUAUCGAUUUAGUAACACAUCCAUUGACAAAAGUUCCAAUUGAUGACUUUAAUCAAAUUGAUCGAUAUUUUGUUAGUUUUUUGUGUAGUACUUAUUUUUUAUUCACCGCUAUUUUAACCAUCAACAUUUUUAUUGGUCUGAUUAGUAAUGCAUUACAAACCGAUGGAUUUUCAACUGUUGAAGCACGUUUUGUUAUUGAACGUGUUGAAGUUAUUUUGAAUUAUGAAUGGCGUCUAUCGAAACGAAAACGUUUACAACGUUUACAAAUUCAAGAAAUGUUACAUCGACAAUGUGCACCAUUACAAGUAAAUUGGAAAGAUAUAAAUUUUGAUGCCCACGUUCAUGGACAGCCAGCAACACGAACAACGGACACUGUUUUACAUCAACCAUCUUCAUCUACAAAACAAGCAGUGAGUAAACGUCCAUCGAUAGCACACUCAGUCAUUUCUUCCGCUCAUUCACAAGAGCAAUUAGCUCCAACAUCAGUCAUAUCGCUCAUCUAUGAAAUACCAUCAACGCCUCAUAUUCCACAACAGUCAAAUCAAGUUUUACUUGAAGAAAUUCAAAAACUACGUGAAUUAGUCGAAAAAUCAUUGCAAGAAAAACGUUUGUCAACAGCUUCGUCAACAUUAGAAGCGCCAACAGUCGGUAUCAUGAGAAAAUCCACUCAGCCGUCAAAACAAUCUCAAAGUCAGCCACCGCUACAAUCAUCAUUCGUGAUUUAA